GGUUCAAAGUAAUAAAAGGGACACAGAGACAAAGCUUUUUUUUUAUCUCAUUGCUACAACCUGCAGCUGUUGUAAGAUAAUCAAUCUCUGUCACCCUGAGAAAGAUGGAAAAACUGAGCUUUUUUCUCUUUCUUCUUAUUGGUGGGAAUUUCCUACUGGUUGUUACUUGUUAUCCAAAUGGCCAAGUUACUGCCGUGUGUAGUACCAUGAUACCAACCCAUGGUGUCAGUGCCCAGAGUAUACUUGCUCCCUAUAACAUCACAGCAAGUAAAGACACAUACAACCCUGGAGAUCAAAUAACAGUGAUUCUCCAAGGAAGCGAUCUUUUUGAAGGGUUCUUUUUGCAAGCUCGAAAGACUGGAGAAACGUCUGCUUUCGGUACUUUCACUGUAACAGAUAUUGCAAACUCUCAAGGUCUAGACUGCAACGGACCUAAUUCUGCUGUAAGUCACACAUCCAAUACAGGCCUAACAAAGAUCCAAGCCACCUGGGUGGCGCCAAAUUCUAGCCCUGGAAACCUUGAAUUCAGAGCCACCAUUGUUAAAUCAAAGCUUAUAUUUUGGGUUCAAGUUAAAAGUUCACAAGUGACUUUCAAUAGUACUGCAACUGGAAGUUCAUCCUCAUCAUUGAAUCCAAAUAUUCAUCUUCCACUGAUUCUGUUUGUUAGCGGCAUCCUGAUGUGUUACAGUUAGACGGGUCUGAAAGCAGCUGGAAUAAACGUGUGUUCAUCUUUAAAAACCGGACCUUGACAAACUCUGUUAAUUCCUUAUCAGUGUAACUACAGUAAUCUCAGUGAAUAUUAUAUCUGAAGAUAGUCUUCAUUUAACAUGUAGGCGUGAUAGGGGCUGGUUGUAAUUAGGAGACAUUGAAACACAGCUGAUAACUUUAUGGUUUGAGUUGCCAAAACUGAAAACCACUGGUAAAUUCAAAAUAUCAAUAUCAUGAAACUUUCUCAGACUGCUGUUGGUUUCUUUAAGUCAAGAAAGUUAAUGUAUGCCAUUUUUGAUUUACCAAAAUAAUAAUAAUAAUAAUAAUAAUAAUAAUAAAUAAUAAUAAUAAAUAAUAAUAAUAAAAAAAAACAUAUUUUAAAUAACUCGCAAAUUUAAAGCUUGGAAAGACUUCCCAUAUGGGUAUUUGUGAUCUAAUUGUCUACAAAUUAUGUGUAAAUGACCAAUGUUGUUCUUGUUAAAUGAAUCAAAGUUUAUAUGGUGCCGCUGUGUACUAGUUUCUCCAGAUUGCUCUGAGGAAGACGCUAUUAGCGUCGAAACGUUAGCACUUCUGUGUGAACUAUAAUAACUGUAUCACGUACAUGGAUUAAUUAAAGUUACACUGAGAAACUA